UUUAAGGAGAGCUAUUAUAAAAUGUUGGGAGUUACAAAUUAUACCUCUUUUGAUUGUGUGUUAUAAAUAUUAAUUUAUAUACAAUAGAAGAGAGUAUGGAAGUUAAAGACUUUCAUUUGAGUUAUUCUUUUUGCUGACUUAGAUAUCGUUUUGGACAUUUUCCAGUUUCUGGACAGUGUUUAUGUCUUCUUCAUGCAUGUGACGAUUUCAUUUAAAGAUUUCUCUUUCUUAGAGCUGCUUAUAGUCUUGGUUUUUGAAAGCUUGUUUCUGGAAUGAAUAAGAUAUAGUAGGGUUCAUUGGUUGUGAAUGAGAACUCAGACAAUGGGGUCUCAAGGAGGCGCAGUCCAAGACCCCAAGUUGCAGUCUUUGACUAGGCAAGGCUCCUUGUACAACCUCACCCUUGAUGAGGUCCAGAACCAGCUUGGGGAUUUAGGAAAACCAUUAGGUAGCAUGAACCUUGAUGAGCUUCUGAAGAGUGUGUGGUCUGCAGAAGCUAAUCAGGCCGCCGCUGGAAUGGUUGUUGAUAAUUCAAGCGCUCAGGUCAGCCAGGGUGCCUCCGCAUCAUCUUUGCCUCGGCAAGGGAGCCUUACAUUGUUCACUGAUCUUAGCAAAAAGACUGUUGAUGAGGUUUGGAAGGAUAUUCAACAGAAAAAGAGCGUCGACCAUGAAAGGAAAGCUCAGGAUCGGCAGCCCACUCUUGGCGAGAUGACCCUUGAGGAUUUCUUGGUGAAAGCUGGAGUGGUUGCCAAAUCUCCUUCGUCCCAGAAGGGUGUUGGUCCUGUUUUAGGAGUUGAUGCUAUUGCCCCUCCACAGCAUGAUAUUUCACAACAUAUCCAAUGGAUGCAGUAUCAACUCCCUCCGGUGCAGCAGUCACAGCGCCAGCAUCAACUAAAUUCAAUGGCUGUUUUUAUGCAAGGCCAUGUGGUUCAGCAACCUCUUCCAGAAAGUGGGAAUCCUAUGUUGGAAGCAGCAUAUUCUGAAAACCAAAUGAUAAUGUCCCCAUCCUCUUUGAUGGGUGCUCUCUCAGAUACCCAGACUCCAGGACGAAAAAGAGUUGCCCCUGAAGACGUGGUUGAGAAAACUGUUGAGAGAAGACAGAAGAGAAUGAUUAAAAACAGGGAAUCCGCAGCCCGGUCACGAGCAAGGAGACAGGCAUAUACACAUGAACUGGAAAACAAAGUCUCGCGACUAGAAGAAGAGAAUGAAAAGCUGAGAAGACAGAAGGUCAGAUGCUGGUGAAGCGUUUGACCAAUCAACAAUUUCCAUUCCCAUGAGUCUCACAGAAAUAGAUGGCUGAUAUGGGACCCCACUGUGAGACCAGCAAAAAUAGACGGCUGUGAUGUAACAUUGAUGACGUCAUACUGUUUACUAGCGUAGCUCGAAUGUAAGAGCUGAAAAAUGCUUACAGAUUUACCCUUGGCAUGUUUGACAUGUAUCAAUAUGAAUAAUCCCACAUACCCGCCGCCUAAAGCCACCCAAAACCUACCCUUUUAAGUUUUAGGAAAAGGCAGCAAAAGUAGAAUCUUUUCUUUUUUGAAAUGUAUGGUGCUAAUUGAAAUCUUAUGGCUUACAAAUUUAAUCUUUGGCAUUAUUAUCAUGUGUUCAAUUUGCAGUCCCAAUUAUAGCUCCAGAAAACAGUUUAUUAUUUUUAAUGGUGAGACUGUGUGGCCAUACUUGUAUCCUGUGAAAAUUAUGAUUAUGAUUAUUACUUUCUGAUA